AUGUCGCCAUCUUUCAUUUUGUCCAUCUCUCCCGGUUUUAAGUCUCACUCUUUUUCUGGACACAAUAGCGUUGCCAUUCACUUCAUAAUCUCUUUUUUGUCUCAUUGCUUUUAUAAAGAAACACCAUUUACUUUCUUUUUAUUCUUUCUUUCUUUUUUUCUUUUUCUUUCUUUCUUUUUCUUUCUUACUUUCUCCCUUUUCUUACUUCCUUUCUUUCUCUUUUCUUACUUUCUUUCAUUCUUUCUUAUAGAAUGUCAUGUCUUUUUUCUUACUUACUUUUUCUAUCCUUCAUGUUUUUCUUUCUUAUUAUUCUUUUCUUUUCUUUUCUUUUCUUUCUUUCUUUCUUUCUUUCUUUUCGUCUAUCUGUUUCUUUCUUAUAGCCUUUUCUUUCUUUUUUUUUACCUUUCUUACUUUCCCUUAACUUUAUCUUUCUUUCUUUCUUUCUUUCAUUUUCUUUCUUUCUUUUAUCUUCUUUCUAUCUUUCUUUCAUAUUCUUUCUUUCUUUCUUUUUUUCAUCUUCUUUCUUUCUUUCUUUCCUUUUUACUUUCUUUCUUUCUUUCUUUCAUUUUUUUCUUUCUUCUAGUUUGUUUUCUUAUAACUUUUCUUUAUUAUAUCGUUUUCUUUUCUUUCUUUAUUUUCUACUUUCGUUAA